AGUCAGUGAGUAGUAUUGCGAGUUGGCUCACGUUUUUACAAUAUAUCAGACUGCAGCUUGCUGGUGUGCUUGCUUGUUCAAAUAUUAACGUUACGCGUUUAGCUUUAACGCUUGCCAACAGCGACGAUGGCUGAAACUCGAGUCAUUCCCAGCGGAAAGGUUUACCGACAGAUUUUUGACGCCCAGGUUCAACUGUCCAGAACUUUACAUGACACUCGGAGGAGACGUGCAGCUAAUGAGGGGUCCCUACACAUAGACAACGCCCCUACCACCCGUGACACAGACACAAUUCAGAGGAUCAGGGAUCAGCUGUCUUCAGGUGCGAGGCCCCUUCAGGAAUACGAGGAACAGAGUAUGGAAGAAGAAGUUCGUGGUCUGCCAGAUACUGUUUUGCCGGAGAAGCUGGGCUCUGACAUCAUUGAGCGGCUUGCUGAGAGGAAAGAGUGGAGUCAUGAAGAAACGAUCACCCAGCUGCACCAGGACCUUGCUGCACUCAGCUUUGAGUGUGAGUCUUUCCUGAGAAACACAGCAGGUGAAUUCCUGUGCAGACUGUUUGAGUCCAUUGAGAACGAGGACAGGCUGAUGCAGAGGAUAGACAGUGACACUGAACUGAACACACUCACUUUUCAGGAUCUGCAGGAGCUCUGGAACUCUGUGAAGCAGGGGUUAGAGAUCAGAAGGAAACAGAUCCAGGAACUGGACACAGAGCUGACCCAAUGCGAAUCGGAGAGAAUGGCCAUGAUUGCUGUGUUACUGAGAACGUGCACUUCGUCCCUGGUGACAGUUGGACACAUGGCAGCAUAUGACAUUCACAGGUUGACUGACAGUGAAGCCAUGAUGAUAAACCAGGCAUCCCUGGCCAACCAACGUGCUCUAGCCAGACUCUGUCUGAACCUGAAAGAGAAGGACCUGCUGGGAACAUUAUCUCACAGGCUGCGCUGGGAGGACAGGCUACAGCACUGGAAGACCGUCAAGAUCCACACCUCAGUAAAUAGAUUCAGGGAUUUUAUGAGCAGUCCAGAGAUCCAGAACCCCAAGGAGGUGCUGUCCACACUUGACACCUUGCAAAUGGAACAGAAGUCACUGAGCAAGAGGCGCGUUGGGAUCCUGCAGUCGCUCAGUUCCAUGGUGCCCCCCAUGUGCUCCAAGGCAUUGGCUGCUGAGUGGUACUCCUCUCUCUCUUCUGUCAACAAGCAGAUAGAUUCCCUUCACAUUCAUUUGAUGAGUAAACUGCGUUUUUACUAUGAGCAAACCUAUCAGGGCUGCUUGGAGGAGAUUGACAAAUUUAAGGAAGAAGUAGUUGGAUAUGGGCUCCCUUCAGAGGAGAUCCAGGACAUUGUCAAUAGUGAGCUCCUGCCACUGAUUGGACAAUGCCAGAGCCAAUCAGAGGAGCGGCUAGAAGCCAUGGAUAGAUCAUUUGAGUCUUUGGCUAAGAGUGGUGGAGUGCGGAGUAAAGGUCUGUUUAGGUUUAUCCGAGGAUCAGCACAUAUGUGGGAGGUGCACAGUGCCAGGCUGGAGAAGCAAGAGCAGCAGCUACAGGAACAGCUGGAAGAGCUGCGCCAUACCCAGGAGCACUCCCUGCAGAAGAAAGAAGCUGAACUGGAUAUAAUGCUCGACAGGCUCAGGCAGGAGAGCUCAAAAGAUGCCCUCCGAAUCUCAAUGGACAAAGCUCUCCGCUUCCUGGAUGAAAUCAAGAACAGAUAUAUUACCUCCCACAUGGAAGAGGUGGAUAUUGUGGGGAGAUACCCUGCCACGGUGCUGAAGGAGAUGCAGACCUACAGCAAGGCAGUCAGUCGAUUCUUCAAAGUCACAGAAAUAUAUUGUCAGGGCACUGAAGAACUCCGCAGUCAAUACCCUUUUAUUAACUUUGAUGUGAUCAGGAAUUCCGUUGCGGAGAGGAGAGCACAGGGCCAUGGAGUCGAGGACCUGAGAAGUUCAAUCGCUGAUCUGGACAUUACCAAGGAUAACACUGACUUCCCUGAAGAGCUUUAUGAUGAUCUAAAUGAGACCUUCACAACCUCCAGAGGAAAUUUAUACAAUGCACAAAGUUUUAGGGUGCAGUGGGAGGCGGAUAGAGAACAGAUGCUGAACAUCUCUGAGGUGGAACUGGUAGAAUUCCCAAAAGGUUUUCUGGCUGAACUUCAGAGAGAUUUCCGUGUGGCAUUCUUCAUUCACUUAGAGGACUGGUAUCAGACGGCACUAUUCAAUGCUCUGAACAUUGUGGCAGCAAAGAGGGAGGAGCUGAAAUCUGGGCUGGAUCUACAACUGCAGCUGCAGCAGUCUCGGGCCAAGAGGAUUGAAGAGGACAUUCACAAUGUCCGUGCAGAGGAACUGAUACUGCAUAGCGACCAAGUGGACAGAUACUGCAAGGGCGUGCAGGAUCACUUGAGUGAGAUUCGAACCCACGUCCAUGAUCUGAAGCUCCGUCAGCAGGAGCAGACCGAAGACUUCCAGACACAGAUUCACGCACUUCUGAAUGUCUUUACCUCUGCCACCAAGUCUGAAAAGUUGGCCAGUCUGUGCAGCUCGCUGCAGGCCCGCCUGGAGAAGCACAUGACUGUGGUCCGGAAAUCACAGAGGAGCUUCAGGCAGGAGGCCGAGACAACAUUGGAAAGUUUAAGGGAAGCCAACGCCCAGUUCAUCAAAUCCCUCCAGUUGUUUUCAGAUGGGGGGAACUACACUCCUCAGGAGAUUGAGGUGUUCCAAAAGCGUCUGGAGAAGGUGGCCAAGCGCAUAGACUCCACAGACGAGGCUAUCACAUUAGAGAUGGAAGGCACGGAGUCCAGGUGUUUGGAGCAGGCUAAAGAAGUGAUCAGUAUGUUUGAGGAGAAGUUCCAGUUUUUGACUCUGGAAUUGAAGUUCCUGGAGAAAAUUCAGAGAAUACUCACCAACACGCAAGUCCAGAUUAAGACAGAGGUUGCAAAGAGCAACAUGCAGAAAAAGAAUCUGGACAGCAUGCUGAUGCAGUUAGAGAGCAUGAUGAAGGCAUGUGCUAUACCUGACCCUGAGGAAAAGAAUGUUGGAUUGGAUGACGUGAGCUCUCUUGCCAGCUCAGUCAUGGAGGAGCUGAAAAAAAGGUGCCAGUGUCUGGAGUGCUCUUGGGACCCCUCAGUGUCGGUCCCGAGGCCAGAUUCCCCCUUACAGGGCGCCUUUGCAGUGGCGGCUCGCCCCAAAUCCCGGCGGCAGGAGAAGCCAAGCAGCCCUGCCGCUGACAGCCUCCUCCAGCCCAGCCGCAUGGGUGUGCCCAUCACCGAUGAUGCCACCAUGGGCGUGGUCCGGGGUCUGCUGAGAAUCAGCAAACCAAAGGCCAGAGAGAAUGUACGCACUGAGUCAUCUGAUAAAGGCCUCGCACCAACAGGAGGCAGAUUGGCCUCGGCAGUGUCAGCAGGGCGCCGAGUGCGAGCAGGAGGUACACCUGGUACAUCAGCAUGUGACAGGCAGCACAGGAAGUCUGCAGAGUCUAUCAGUCCCCAGAGUGUUCAAAGAUUGUCAAAGGUCACUCGCUUCGACAAGAGAUUCCAGGUGUUUGGGACAAAUCCAGACGAACGUUGCCUCAUGGGUUUUAAUGGCUUGAUCAGUAACAUUUUACGGAAGGCCAAUGAUCUUCUGCUUUCAGUGGCUGAGGAGUUCUACAAGAAGAAGGAUCGUCGACCAGUCACACGACCACAUCAUCUACAGGAGACAUUUGAGCAGUGUGCCGAGGAGAUAAACAAGAGACUUCUGACCUAUCAGAGCCAAACAAGGGAGUAUCACAACAGCUGCCUGCAAGACUUUAAGGUGCAGCUGAGCCGCUCUGAGGAGCAUCUGUCCCAGGUGCCCAAGCUGUUGCUCUCAUAUCUUGGGGAACAGCACCUGGACCAGCUCAGCCGAGACACUGUCCUGAUCUGCCAGAGCCUGGAGCUCAUCCAGCACGAGAGCGAGGACAGAAAGAGGGAGCACAGCAAGCUUCUACGUGUGCGCCUGGGACACCCUGCCCAGGAGGAGGAGCUGAAGAGCCUGUGUGUGGCUGAGGAGAACAGACAGAUCGAGCUGGACAGCACCAUCCACAGGUUCAAGCUUGAAGUGCAGGCAUGUGUGAGGAAACACGGGGAGGAGUUUGUUACCACGGUGGCCUCAGCAUCUGAAAACCUCCUCUUCCAGAUGGACAAUCUCCUGACCGUUGAUGAGGUUAUGGCUGGACAACCUGGGAAGAAGGAAACCCUCACUAUGCUGAUUCGUCAGAAAGAAUCUGGAGUUUUAUUGGAGGAAAAAGAGCCCCAGAUUCAGAGAGGAAACAGGACCUGGCCAGGGUUGUGUUACUUCGAGACUGAGGGCAACAAGACUGGGGGAAAGACCUGCAGAGAAACCGCUUCAGUGACGUCAGUCAAAACCACGCUGGCUCACCUGGCCACAUAUGAAGCACGGGACGCCGUGUACCAGGUAGUCCAAGGAUGGGCAGUUCAACUGUCCAGGCUCUCAGCAGGGGCUUUAAUCCCCCCUUUCUAA